GAUCCCUUUGCUUGAGUACGAGAUAUAUCAACUCUUUACGUCCGCGAUCAUGGGGUCGUCGCUCUUUUACUCAUGGGAGAUCGACACUCCUGCUCUCUCAAACCCUAAUCCCCCUUUUUCUUACUCCUGAUAUCAGCUAGAUUUCACAAUCCUCUCCAUUCUUUCCAUUUCUUUCUCCUGCUCUCAUCCCCAGGUUCUGAUGACUAUUGUGUAUUCGUUUUCCUGAGUGAAUGACCAGUUUGUUGAAGCAAAUGGAGCAUGAAAAAACUCCUGUCCUAGAAGCGAGUUCCAUGCGGGAAAUAGAGAUGACAGUUGACUCCGAAAGAAUUGAUAUUCUUCCUGUGGCAACAGAAUCAUCUUGCAUUUCUGGUUGCCCUUUUUCCAGACAAGAACAUAGUCUUGUGGCAUCAGAAGAGUCAUCAAAGUCGGCAAAGAAACUUUGUGGACUCAUAGUAUUCUAUGCAAUGGUUAUGCUUGUGGAAAUUGUUGGUGGUUUGAAAGCCAACAGCCUAGCUGUUAUCAGUGAUGCUGCGCACUUGCUUUCGGAUAUUGCUGGAUUCUCUAUCUCUCUCUUUGCAGUAUGGGCCUCAGGUUGGGAGGCAACUCCACAUCAGUCUUUUGGAUACAAUCGACUUGAAGUUUUGGGUGCUCUCUUAUCUGUGCAGUUGAUCUGGCUAAUAUCUGGCUUUUUAAUAUAUGAAGCACUUGGGAGACUUCUUUACAGAAAGGCCAGGGUGAAUGGCAUGCUCAUGCUUUCAAUUGCAGCAUUUGGAUUCGUUCUUAACUUAAUCAUGGUUUUAUGGCUUGGUCAUGAUCACAGUCAUCACCACCAUCAUCAUGGCUGCGGAGACUCUAAUCAUGAUCAUGGAAAGGAGGAGCAACAUAAUAACAUAACAGAUGAAGAGGAGCUUAGUCUAGUUUCAAGUAGUCCUAGAAAAGGAAAUGUCCUGAACAUAAAUUUGCAGGGGGCCUAUCUGCAUGUCAUGGCUGAUCUGAUUCAAUCUGUCGGGGUGAUGAUUGCUGGAGCUGUGAUAUGGGCUAAACCAGAUUGGUUAGUCGUUGACCUGCUGUGUACUCUAAUAUUCUGUGUCAUAUCUCUGGGAACUACAGUGUCAACGCUCAAUAAUAUUUACGGCAUUCUGAUGGAGAGGACGCCAAGUGACAUCGAUAUCAUGAAGCUGGAAAAUGACCUCAAGGGCAUCAAGGGAGUGCAAGAUAUUCACGACUUGCACAUUUGGGCCAUAACUGUUGGGAAAAAUGUUCUUUCUUGUCAUGUAGUAGCCGAGCCUGGGAUCAGCUUCCCUGAUUUGCUCAAUAGGAUUAGGCAUUAUUGUGAAAAAACACACAAGAUUCAUCAUGUAACCAUACAAAUUGAGUAAGGAUGGGGCAUUUCCCUUUCUAUUUUUAUUAGGAUUGUGGUUAUUUAGACAAAAGUUCACAUGUACAGAAUUUUUAACUUAGCAGCAUGUGCAAUAAGCCGGUCACUGACCUCCCUAACUAUGGAUUUUGCA